GUGAAAUUUUUUAUACCAAGAUGGAAGCAAGGUUAUAAAUAAGGAGAAUAAUGAUGUAAUAGAUUAUGAUAACGACACAUGUUAGCUUUCUUUAUCAAAGAAUAAAAACAACUCGUGUUUGUUUAUAGUUUUUGUUUUAUUAUAACAUGUGUAUGAUGAAGAUGAACUAUAUCAUUGUGAAAGAAUAUAAUUGAAACUCAAUUUUUGAUGGUUGUUCACUUCACGGAUAAGUAUAUGCCAACACAUUGGUAGAGGUUGUUGUAUUAUAUACGACACGCUACCGUUAACAAGGAUUGCUGUGGCUUGGUCUCUUUCAUAUGUUUUUGUUUUGUUUCUAUUGUAUGGUAAAUGGAAGAUACAUUGUAUCGAAUUAAUGUCAAUCACUUGUUUAGUAUAAAGUAGGGUACAAUCAGUGAACAAGUUGUUUUGUUCUAAUGCCAGUAAGGGUAAGAAGCCUGAAAAGGUUGUUGCUAAGACCGCGGCUAAGAAAAAACCUAAUCCCAGUAAGUUUAGGUCGUGCCUUUUAACUUCUUUAGAACUCUCUAAUAUUCCGCAAGGAAACACCCGUCUUGUACCUAUGGAGGAAGAUGUGUUUGGUAUUGAGCAUCACGAAACAAUUGGUAUGGAGGAUUUUGAACAAAUUUUUGGACAUACGCAAUUAGGCCUCGGUGUUAUUGAUACAUACAUAAGGUUUUUGUAUGAAAAAUUGAUGCACCUGAGUGGAUUGAGGCAAAGAUUCGCUUUCUUAGCUCCCUUCAUUACCAACUUAGGGUUAAUCAUAUCUAAACCGGAUGAAGUCAUGGCGUAUGUACUCAACCGUUUUAUGGCCAGCAUAAAUUCAGAAAAGUUGUUCUUUUUACCGUUUAAUACCGGCAACGGUGGACAUUGGUUGUUGGUCGCGAUUAAUCCUAUCAGUGAAGUUGUAUAUUUUCUGGAUUCCUUACACAAUCCAGUUAGUACAUACGAAGCUAUGAAGAAGUUGGUUGAUACCAUUAUACAAGUUUUUCGAGCACAAAGAGGAAGUCAAGUACCAAAGAGUAAAGCCAACAACAUCACAUGGAUUCAAGUGGAGUGUCCUGGGCAGCGUAAUGAAGUAGAUUGCGGUUUUUACAUGUUGCAGUUUAUGAAAGAAAUUCUUCUUUCGAAUCAAAUAGAGAUUCCGUCCAAGUAUUUUGAUGAAUUCAAGUGUGCUACUUACUCAAAAUCUAAGUUGGAUGAACUUAAGGAGGAAUGGUGUCAAUUCAUGAUUGAGUUGAAAGUUGUAUAGGAUAUUGAAGGGUGAAAAGGUUAGCUGGCAAGAAGAAAAAGUAGAUAUUUAGCAUCCUUUUGACUUGUGUAAAAAAUAACAAUGUUUUGGAUAAUGCAAUUGUUUUCAUUGAAUUGGAUGUAAUUUUGUUGUUGUUUAUUAAUAUAUUCUUAGCAUAUAAAAAAUCCAAAGUUUAUUCGUA